UGCUGCCGUUUUUCCUCUGGGCUGCGGUGCGGUGGGAGCGGGCUCCCUGCAGUGGGAUGGGGCGGGGGGGCUUUUCCCCCCGGUGCUGCGGUCCUUACGGGCCCCGUCCCCGCAGCAGGCUCCGGGCGAGCCGCAGGGCUGGGCCCGGCUGUUCUGCGUGCUGCGCGGCACCAACCUGCUCUGCUACCGGCGCGCGCAGGAGGCGGAGGGCGGCGUGCAGCCCGCGCUCACCAUCGCCAUCAACAAGGAGACGCGGAUCCGCGCCACGGAGCAGGAGGCGCGGGGCAAACUGCACAGCAUGUCGGUCACCAACCGCUACGGGGCCGAGGAGGUGACCCACACGCUGCUGGCCGAGAGCCGCGCCGAGACGCAGCGCUGGAUGGAGGCCUUCUGGCAGCACUUCUACGACAUGAGUCAGUGGAAGCAGUGCUGUGACGAGCUGAUGCGCAUCGAGGUGCCGCCGCCGCGCCGCCCGCCCGCCCCGCUGCCGCGCCAGGGAUCGUUGUACCACGAGAUGGCGCUGCCCGGCCCCGCCGUGCCCUCCUCCUGCGAGGGGCUCCUGCUGCAGGAUAACGCCGUCUCGGCGGAGAUCCGCGCUCUGCUCUCCUCCUAUUACAGCGACAGCUAUUGACCCGUCCGACGACAUCGAGGCGGUGACGGACAUCCUGACGCGGCGCGCGGCGGCGCUGGACCGGGGGGGCCGGGGCUGCCCCCCGUGGCUCU